CCGCCUGAGCCCCGACAGCGAGUCCGCAGGCGCCAUGGGCCACGGGGCCUGCGUCCCCUCAGCGGCGUCGGGGGCCCACGACCGGGCCCGCCUGCUCGGAGCCGUGCUGGGCGCGCUGUGCCUCCUCCCCACGCUCGUGCUGCUGGCCCGGCCGGGGGCCCUGGGGAACCGGCCCGUGGCGAGCACAGCGCAGGGAGACGCUGUGCCUCCGACCGCGGGUAUGCUCGCCACCCCAAGCCUUGGCCCGCCGCACCCCCCGGCGCCCCGCAGACGCCGCUACACGCUGACCCCGACCCGGCUGCGCUGGGACCACUUCAACCUCACAUACAGGAUCCUCUCUUUCCCGAGGAACCUGCUCAGCCCCAGAGAGACCCGGCGGGGCCUGGCCGCCGCCUUCCGCAUGUGGAGUGACGUGUCCCCCUUCAGCUUCCGCGAGGUGGCCCCUGAGCAGCCCAGCGACCUCCGCAUAGGCUUCUACCCGGUCAACCACACGGACUGCCUGGUCUCCCCGAUGCACCACUGCUUCGACGGCCCCACGGGCGAGCUGGCCCACGCCUUCUUCCCCCCGCACGGCGGCAUCCACUUUGACGACAGCGAGUACUGGGUCCUGGGCCCCACACGCUACAGCUGGAAGAAAGGCGUGUGGCUCACCGACCUGGUGCACGUGGCGGCCCACGAGAUCGGCCACGCGCUGGGCCUGAUGCACUCCCAGCACGGCCGGGCGCUCAUGCACCUCAACGCCACGCUGCGUGGCUGGAAGGCGCUGUCGCAGGACGAGCUGUGGGGGCUGCACCGGCUCUACGGCUGCCUGGACCGGCUGUUCGUGUGCGCGUCCUGGGCGCGGAGGGGUUUCUGCGACGCCCGCCAGAGGCUCAUGAAGAGGCUGUGUCCUAGCAGCUGCGACUUCUGCUACGAGUUCCCCUUCCCCACGGUGGCUGCCACCGCGCCGCCCCCCAGGACCAAAACCCGGCUGGUGCCCGAGGGCAGGAAUGUGACCUUCCGCUGCGGCCAGAAGAUCCUCCACAAGAAAGGCAAAGUGUACUGGUACAAGGACCAGGAGCCCCUGGAGUUCUCCUACCCCGGCUACCUGGCGCUGGGCGACGCGCACCUGAGCAUCAUCGCCAACGCCAUCAACGAGGGCACCUACACGUGCGUGGUGCGCCGGCGGCAGCACGUGCUCAGCACCUACUCGUGGCGCGUCCGCCUGCGGAGCUGAGCGCCGCCCGCAGGGCUGAGGAUGCUGA